AUGAGGUGCAUGGAUAUCCCUCGAAGCUGGCUGGCUUACGCAGCCUCCGUCGACCGACAGCUAUCUGAACGCCUCUCGUCUUUCCUUCGGUCAGUUCCGUCUGUUCAGGCGGUUCGCAACGUAUCCCUUAGUCCGGCGGAAUUGAAGUUACGAGAUUCGCCUCCUUUGCCUGUUGCAUUCUUGCGUCAAGCGCAUCGCGGUGUCCCUUGCGUCUGUGAAAAAAUCACUAGAUUUGAGAACAGUGUGCGUGAGCGCUUGAUCGUAGGUGCUGUGAGACUGAGCUCUUCGCCGCUUCACAAAGGGCGCAAGAAGUGUCUGCUGUUAUCUCUUACGUUCAAACAUCUCGAGAUUUUCGUGGGACAACUUUCCGCGGGAAGUGAGCCGAAUGCGAGGGCUCGCGGUCUCUACGGGCCACCUUCUAUAGAAUGCUUAGAACCCGCGCGCGAUGAAACGAUAUUACCUGUUGACGAUAUGCGGUCAAAUGUCACGGCAACACAGGGCUUUAUCAAAGCUUUAAUGACGCGGAUUCUGGAUGAGCCUCGCUCCGACCCUUAG